UAUAUGCUAAAAUCAGAAGCCGUGGAUGGCAACAGGCCGGAGACUUCCGACUUCUCAACCACGGCUUCCCUCGUCUGACCGUCGGCGCCAAAGGGCAAGGGGAAAACGGAGUGGUUCUUGUUUCUCUCCCCAGCGCAAGCUGGUGGCGGAAUCAACCCAAAACCUUGCCGGAUUUCCGACCUGAUCACGACAUGAUCCGGUUCAUCCUGCUGCAGAACCGGCAGGGGAAGACGCGGCUGGCCAAGUACUACGUCCCGCUCGAGGAUUCGGAGAAGCACAAGGUCGAGUACGAGGUGCACCGGCUGGUUGUCAAUCGGGACCCCAAGUUCACCAAUUUCGUCGAGUUUCGCACACACAAAGUUAUCUACAGAAGAUAUGCAGGGCUGUUUUUUUCAAUUUGUGUGGACAUAACUGACAACGAGUUGGCAUACUUGGAAUGCAUUCACUUGUUUGUCGAGAUAUUGGACCAUUUCUUUAGCAAUGUUUGUGAGCUUGAUUUAGUGUUUAAUUUUCACAAGGUUUAUCUGAUAUUAGAUGAAUUUAUUCUUGCCGGAGAGCUGCAAGAAACAAGCAAAAAGGCGAUAAUUGAGCGAAUGGGUGAACUGGAGAAGCUGGAUUGAGGAUGAGAGGGAAGAGGCAGCUGCUCAUGUGCGCUACCAUUUGUACAAUAAUUUGUAGGUGUUGUGCAUUUAAUUUUGAUGUUCACCAUUUCGGAUUUCACUUGUUGACUUGGUCAGUGGCCCAUGCUGUCACUGUUGUCUUGAGGAUUAGUCGCCGAUGCUAGCUUGAGAUUGGUCGCCAGCUGUAGUAAAAUCUCUCUGCAUCAGUUUCUCCCUGCAGUUGGAAAGAAAAACAAUGUUUUGUACUGUGUUGCCACAUAGAUUGCUUUAUGCUGUUUUCCUUA